GCCAUGAGCAGCGCGGAGCCGCCGCUCGGCGCCGGGCCGCGGGCAGCGCCCGCCUGGCAGCGGGAGAUCCUGGAGCGCAAGCGGGCCAAGCUGGCCGGGGCGGGCGGCGAGCCCGAGCCCCCGGCCGGGGAGCGGCUGGUGGUGGCGGAGAGCCUGGGCCCGCUCCGCGAGAACCCCUUCAUGCGGCUGGAGAGCGAGCGGCGCCGGCUGCGGCAGGGGCGGCCCGGGCCCGGCGGCGCGCCGCGGCCGCUGCAGCAGCUGCUGGAGCUGUACAGCGCCGUGCCCGGCAUCCGCACCAUCCGCGCCGACAACAUCCUCAUCAUCGAGUCCCGCGCCGACCCCGCCGCCUGCUUCGCCGCGGGGGACGCGCCGCCCGCCCGCCGCCGGGACCCGGCCGGCCCCGACCCGCUGCGGGAGCUGCUGGCCCGGCGCGGCGCCGCGCUCGCCGAGAUCCGCGCCGACCAGGUCGUCAUCUACGAGACGGCCGAGCCGCCGGAGCCGCCCGAGGCGGCCGAGCCGGGCACCGUCAGCCGCCUCCUGGAGAAGUUCGGGCAGCGGCCGCGGGGCCGCCGUCGCCGCGUGGGACCGGGCGCUGCCCGGGCCGCGCCGCCCGCUCCGCCCGCGGCGCCCGGCUCCCCCCGCGCCCCCGCGCCCCUCCAGAAGGGACCCGGCUUCCCCCGGGCCCCGGCGCCAAAGGCGGGACCGGCAUCUCCGCCGGCGGUCCCGGCCACCCCUCCGCCGCUCCCGGCUCCCCCCCGGGCUGCCACCCCCCCAGCGGUGCCGGUGGCCCCCCAACCCACAGUCCUGCAGCCGGCUUCCCCGCGGGCUGUCACCCCUCCGACCACGGCCCCCCCACGGGUUGUCACUCCCCCGCCCGCAGUUUCCCCCCGGGCUGUCACCCCCCAGCCCACAGCACCUCCCCGGGCUGUCGCCCCCCAGCCCGCACCAGCUCCGCGGGUUGGCACCCCACAGCCCCUGGCCCCCCACCCCACCCCGGCUUCCCCCCGGGCUGCAGCCCCCCAGGCGGUCCCAGCUGCCCCCAAGGCUGCGGCCCCUCAGGCCAACUGCUUUGUCCACAAGAUCAGCUCCAACUCCUUCACGGUCACCCCCCGGGGUCAGAUCCCCAGCAUCCGAGUCUCCGAGCCCGGUGCUGUCCCUGCCGGCCGCCCCGCAACGCCCAAGGGGCCACCAGUGCCAUCCACCAGCCCUUCCCAUGCCAGAGCCAACGCCAGGAGGCCAAAGCCGGAGGAGGCCGAAGUGGCCGUGUCGCCCCUGCCCAGUGCCAGUCCGGCCCCCAGUGCCACCGGCGCCACUCGUCCGCUUUCCGCCUCAGCCCCCCGGGCUGGGGGCUCCUUUGAAAUCCACCCGGCCCCCAAGCCUGACUUGGCUGCCAUCCCAGCCCACGACCUGCAGGCACAGGCUCUGGCCAAGCUGCGCCUGAAUUCGCGCAAUUCCUUCGUCUUCGUGCCCCGCCGGGAGGGCAGCCCAGCUCAGCCUCCAGCCCAGAAUGCGAGGCCAGGGCCACCGCCACCGCCCUUGGAGGAGAAGGCACCCAAGGAGCCCCCGAGGGCUUCCGCCCCGGAGCAGGAAGAGCCCAUCACUUCCCCACCGGCGCCUCUGGAUCCAUUGGUACCUGUGACUUACAUCGAUGAUAUUGUGGAGCCGGACAGCGGGGAGAUUUCUCCCAGGGCUGGCCCGGCUGCGAGGACGGGGAGCUUGGCGGAUCAGCCUGGAGGAGCUGGCCCUGACUUGGAGAUGGAGUUUUCCUCUGUGCUCCUCUACAGACCACACUCCGCCCCCCAGCAGAGGGGAGGCAGCACCUUCACUGUUGUGCCCAAAAGGAAGCCCGUGGCCCCAGGGCUGCAGGCUCUCGCCGAUGCCAGCGGAAGGCCACAGCGGGAGGAAGAGGAGGAGGAGGAGGACAGCAAAGGAAGAGGCAAAGCCGUGGAGAACGCUGAUGGGCCCCAAGUGGGGAUAUCCCAUAAAAAGCGCUACCCCACGGUGAACGAGAUCGAAGUGAUCGGGGGGUACCUGUCCCUGGAGAGGUCCUGCAUGAGCAAGACGGGCUCGCGCCGCAAGAAGAUGAAGAUCUCUUUCAACGAGACAAGUUUGCAGACGAUGUUUGAGUACCCCUCAGAGAGCUCCCUGGCAGAAGAGGAUGAGGAAGAGGAAGGACACGUUUCCGAAACAGAGGAGGAAAAACCUCGUACCUUUUAUAUUCCACGCCCAAACAGCACUUUGCAUCCCAGUACACCUAACUCAGCAGAUUUAUCCAGCUACACCCCAAAGCACUCCGUGAAGUUCAGCGAGUGGCAGGAGCAGAAGUAUGAGGGUCCUGCUGCAGAGGGACCCCUCUCAAAGGAAGCUGAUUCCCAUGGGAACCAAGUCAUGCUCACCCCGGCGGAGAAGGGCGGCCUCUCGGAUUUCAGCAGCGAGCCCGCGCUCUAUUUCUGAGGCUGCUCCGCGGUGCUGCAGCAGUGGCUACUGGGCAGGACAGGGCAGUGCAGCUGCCGUGUCCACACGGGAACCGCCACCGAAACCGCCCCACACCGCGGCUGUCCCCGGAUCCUGCUGCCAAGGGCGGACCAGAUGCUCUCGGGCAUCCUCGGAGAAUAUUUGCACUGGAUUUUGGGACCGAAUUACUGCUUUCAAGGCGCAUGAUUUAUUCUGCCUGUGGCCUUGCAUAUUCCUUGUUCAAGAUCAGCUGCUGGUUAGGCAAGUGUGGGAAGGACAUCUGGAAUCCCGGGAUGGAUGUUGAUUUUUCUCAGUGCUUAUCUGAGUCUAGGCACUGUGCAGGGUCUGGACAGCUUCUGUAACCCUUCUCCCCAGUGGACGAUGGCUCUGGAGUUGGAGCACUGGGCAGUUUGACACAUUGGGUGUGAUUUGACACAUUGGGUGUCAGUCUGGAAAACCACUGAAGGUUCAUGGUUUGUCCUUGGCAUGUUUCUGGCUCUGGUGUCACUGAAACGUGGAAUUCAUGUGCCAGUUCUGUGCUUGUGGAAUUCAUUGAACACCCUGAGGGAGGGAUGGGAAGAGCAAUGAAUGCCUUUAGCUUUAGGUGUUAUUUUUGCACCAAUCAGUAGAGAAGUGUCCAGACUGUCUCGAGCUUCUUGAAGAUUCCCAAACAUUGGUCAUAGCUCUGGUCUGUCCUUCCAAACUCUGGCAUCCAGUCUCUGGGAAUUGCUGGUUGUGCUCCAGUUUGCUAGUUCUUCUUGUUGCUUUGUUCCAGAUCUGAUUUAUCUCCCUUGGUUGCUUCCUUCAAGCCAUGCUCGCUCUGCCCCUCUAAUCAAAGUACAGGAGGGCAGUUUCACUCCUUUCUUCUGCAGAACUUGAACAAGGAAUGUGGGUUUUGUUUUUUCUAGGAUUUUUAUAGUUCUAUUGUAAUUGUUUAAUGCAGCCAAUAUGCAAAGGAAUCUGCUAGAAUCUUCCAUUCAAGUUUUCUACUACUGUAAACUCAGGGUCAAAAUUGCACUCUGGAACAGAUGGAGCAGUGCUGCUAAUGUGAUUUGUACUUUGGGAUUAAAAGAGAUGUGGUGGGAACAGA